CCCGCCCACUUAGUGACCACCUACCUAUAAAAAACAAAAAUACCACCCUUCCCGUUCAAACCGACUUCUGGCCUGCAGUCACAAUUCAAAAGUGACAAUGUUUAAAAUUAUACUCGUGGUAAUUUUCUGCUCCUCAGUGAGAAUUGCGUGUGGAGAGGAUUCGAGUGGACCGCAACAAAUAACUGUCGACGAAACUACAACUGAUGCUAACAACUGCGAGUGCUCCGUUUUUAACACCUCGGAGCCGAGCCCGGAUCACCCAUCGAUCAUGAUUCAAAGCGUCCUUCACGUUGAGUGUAAUGAAGAAGGCAAAGCCACCUGCGCCGCCCUGUGCAAAGCUUUGGCGCUCGCCGCCCAUGAAAAGUCGCCCAAAAUCCUCUGCGCCCAUUUGGGAGAUUGCAACAAUUUCGAGGUUUUUCUGCACAGCCGCAUUUGUGGUUCCGAUUGGCAAUUCACCGGUCUGAAUCGUGGCAAUCUGUGCUGUCAGAAAUCUGAAGUAAUCGAGUGCAAUCAACAGAAUUAAAGUUUAAGCUGUUUACUCUAUAAGUUUAGUAUGUAUUUUAAGUUUUGUUUAUUAUUGAUAUUUUGAUAAGUACCCAAAUGUUGAUGACAACCUGGCAAUGAGAAUGUAUACGAUUUUGGAAAUAUUAAAUAUAGUGCUAAAAUAUU